GGACGUGUUUGCUCUGAGAGCAAAGAGUUGAGCAACUGACAAGAGCUGACCUGGUCUUUACAAGUAAAAUGAUGUGGAUUCUGAUUCUUUUCAUCUGUUACCUGCCCGUUUCAGGUGCGUUGUGGGCAGAGAGAGAUGUCAGGGGAGUUGUGGGAAGAGCGAUCACAAUCAAUUGUCACUAUACACAUUGGUACCGCUCACACACAAAGUAUUGGUGUGAUGGGUGGACUCGCCGAUGUUCAACUAUCGUCGCAACGACCGAGCAACACGGACGGAGGGGAAGAGCGUCAAUCACAGAUAACCCGGCAGGGGGAAUAUUUACUGUUACUGUGGAGGAUCUUCACCCUGGAGACGCAGGACUGUACAGCUGUGGAAUUUCAACAUUUGGCCUGGAUCCAAUGUUUCCUGUACAUCUACAGGUCUCUGACGAACCCGUGUCUGUUCCUGUGAUUGGAUUUCUGUCACCAACAAAUGUCUCACGUCUGGGGGGCUCAGUGUCGGUGUCCUGUGAGUCUGUCCAGGGAUCCCUUCCCAUUCAGUACACCUGGUAUGAAAAGACCCAGUCUGUGGAUUCAAAGGUCUCGGACACCAGUAAACUGGAUCUACAUUGUCAAUCCUUCAAACACCAACACCAUCAAUAUUACUGUACAGCCUCAAAUAAUGGUGGAGCAAAAUCCAGUGACUUUGUGACGGUCAAUGUGAUGGUCUUCAACAGCACAGGGAGUUGCAGUUUUGUGACAGAAACCAAUAACACUGUUUCAGGUGCAUUGUUGGCAAAGGAUGAAGUAAGAGGAGUUGUGGGAAGAGCGAUCACAAUCGAUUGUCACUAUGCAGCAAUAUAUCGCUCACACACAAAGUAUUGGUGCCGUGUGUGGGAUCGCCAUUGUUCAGCUUUAAUGAAAACAAAUGAGCAACGUCGACCAUCUGGAAGGAGGUCAAUCACAGAUAACCCAGGGCGAGGAAUAUUUACUGUUACUGUGGAAGAUCUUCGCUCUGAAGAUACAGGAAUGUACAAAUGUGGAAUUACAACACUUGACAAAGAUCCAACAUUUAACGUGCACCUGCAAAUUUCUGAUGAACCCGUGUCUGUUCCUGUGCUUGGAUUUCUGUCACCAGCGAAUGUCUCAAGUCCUGAGUGCUCAGUAUCAGUGUCCUGUGAGUCUGUCCAGGGCUCCUUCCCGAUUGACUACGCAUGGUAUGAAAAGACCCCCUCUGCAGAUUUAAAGAUCUCGGAUACCAAUAAACUGGAUCUACAUUGUCAAUCCUUCAAACACCGACACCAUCAAUAUUAUUGCACAGCCUCAAAUAAACAUGGAAAUAAAUCCAGUGAAAUGAUUAAAUUGUCCACCUCUAACAGUGAUGACACCUGCAUUAUUGUGAAGGAAGUCAACAACACAGUUUCAGGUGCGUUGUGGGGAAAGAAAAAUGUAAGCGGAGUUUUGGGAAGAGCGAUCACAAUCGGUUGUCACUAUGAAGCAAAGUACCGCUCACACACAAAGUAUUGGUGCCAUGGGUGGAGUCGCCAAUGUUCAGUUUUAUUGGAAACAAACAGACAACAUGGUCGGAGGGGAAGAGCGUCAAUCACAGAUAACCCGGCACGGGGAAUAUUUACUGUUACUCUGGAGGAUCUUCACUCUGGAGAUACAGGAUGGUACAGCUGUGGGAUUGCAAAACCUGGUGAGGAUUCAAUGUUUAACGUACAUCUACAAGUAUCUGAUGAACCCGUGUCUGUUCCUGUGAUUGGAUUUCUGUCACCAGCAAAUGUGUCACGUCUCGGGGGCUCAGUGUCAGUGUCCUGUGAGUCUGUCCAGGGAUCCCUUCCCAUUCAGUACACGUGGUAUGAAAAGACCCCGUCUGUGGAUCCAAAGGUCUCGGACACCAGUAAACUGGAUCUACAUUGUCAAUCCUUCAAACACCCAAACCAUCAAUAUUACUGCACAGCUUCAAAUAACUACGGAAAAAAAUCCAGUGAAAUGAUUAAUAUGACAGUGUUCAAAAAUUAUAUGAUGCGAUUCUCUCGCACUGCUGGACUCAUCCCCUGCUGUGGGGAUUGUUCCAUCACCACCUUGCAGAGAAUGGGAAGCAUUUAUCUCCUUGAGCUGUGA